CUCUCAGCAGUCAGAGAUCCGGCUGCUGCAGGAGGCCAAGCAGUUCAGAGCAGAGCUGGAGCGCCAGCAGAGAGAUCUGGAGACGGCUGAGCAGUUCCCUGAGGGGCCGGACACAGAGGUCAGCCGCAUGAGACAGCAGCUCCUCAAGUUCCACAACGACCUGCGACAGGCAGAGGAGAGGGACUACCAGAUGAACUACCAGCUAGAGUGCUCUCAGCAGUCAGAGAUCCUGUCUGUGACUCCCAUCUCCACCCCAGAAAGCUCCUCCAUGAUCAGGGAAUCCUCAUCCUGUGACACCCAUCUCCCCACCCAGCUCUCAGCACUCUCAGCAUCAGAUCCAUCCGGCUGCUGUAAGGCAGAACACAGGAGCUGGAGCGCCAGCAGAGAGAUCUGGAGACGGCUGAGCAGUUCCCUGAGGGCCGGACACAGAGUACAAGUGAAAGCCUGCAGACACUCGGCCCUCCGUGGAAGGAGUCUGACACGUGCUGUAAAUGAUGUCGUGUCUGUUUACAGUCUCACAGAAGAGAAGCUUUGCCUGGAGAAAGAGUAUGAGUCUCAACCCAAACCAGUUGAGCUGGAGAAACGUGCGAAGGCCCUGAAGGACAGCAGUGAGGAGCUGAGGAAGGAGGUGUCUCAGAGGAGACAGGAGAUACACAGCCUGCUGGAGGACUUGGAGGCCAGACACAAACUGAUGACCAGGGAGCAGAGAGAACUGGACCACAAGAAGGACAGCAUAGUAAACAACCAGCUCUCAGCAGUCAGAGAUCUGUCUGUGACUCCCAUCUCCCCACCCCAGCUCUCAGCACUCUCAGCAGUCAGAGAUCUGUCUGUGACUCCCAUCUCCCCACCCCAGCUCUCAGCAGUCAGAGAUCUGUCUGUGUCUGUCUGUGACUCCUAUCUCCCCACCCCAGGUCUCAGCAGUCAGAUAUCUGUCUGUGACUCCCAUCUCCCCACCCCAGCUCUCAGCAGUCUCAGCAGUCAGAUAUCUGUCUGUGACUCCCAUCUCCCCACCCCAGCUCUCAGCAGUCAGAGAUCUGUCUGUGACUCCCAUCCCCACCCCAGCUCUCAGCACUCUCAGCAGUCAGAGAUCCGGCUGCUGCAGGAGGCCAAGCAGUUCAGAGCAGAGCUGGAGCGCCAGCAGAGAGAUCUGGAGACGGCUGAGCAGUUCCCUGAGGGGCCGGACACAGAGGUCAGCCGCAUGAGACAGCAGCUCCUCAAGUUCCACAACGACCUGCGACAGGCAGAGGAGAGGGACUACCAGAUGAACUACCAGCUAGAGUGUCUCACAGAAGAGAAGCUUUGCCUGGAGAAAGAGUAUGAGUCUCAACCCAAACCAGUUGAGCUGGAGAAACGUGCGAAGGCCCUGAAGGACAGCAGUGAGGAGCUGAGGAAGGAGGUGUCUCAGAGGAGACAGGAGAUACACAGCCUGCUGGAGGACUUGGAGGCCAGACACAAACUGAUGACCAGGGAGCAGAGAGAACUGGACCACAAGAAGGACAGCAUAGUAAACAACCAGGCUGAGUUGGCCCAGCUUCUGUCUGUUCCUGGCCAGUUGGGGAAGGAGAUUGAGAGGAUCAACAGGAAGAAGAUGGAGGUUGAGAAAAGUAAGGCGGCCCUAGACGAGCAGCUGUCUGAGGUGGCGGCUCUGCAGAAGAUGACAGAGGCCCGCUGUCGCUCCCUGGAGGAGGAGAAGAGGGAGGUGAGGAGGCAGGUGGAGGGGCGCAGGGCACACCUGGAGGCUGCCGAGAGGGAACACAGCAUGCUGCAGAAAGAGCAGGAGAUGACCAAGGAGAAGGAGGUCAUUAUGAUGGGACAGAGAGGUAUGCUGGACAUCAAUACAGGCCACUGCAUCAUGGAAAGGAAGACCGUGCAUGAGAACCUGGCACAAAAGCAGCGUGAGAGGGACCGGCAGCUCAGAGAGCUGAAGAAGGUGGAGCUGCAGCUCAAACAGGCCCAGGACGCGCUGGUCUACACUCAGCUACUGCAUGACAAGACCAAGUCUACAGUUAGUUCACACUACUGCAUGACAAGACCAAGUCUACAGUUAGUUCACAGUUCACACACUAACACUAAACAGGCCCACAGUGUUCUGGUCCACACUCAGCUACUGCAUGACAAGACCAAGUCUACAUGUGUUGUUGUGGACAAGCUGAAGAGAAACUUGAUUCAUCAGCAACCAGUAGCGGAGGUGGAGACCCAGCUGAUAGAACAGUGUGUGGAACAGGAGCAGGAGCUGAUGAGACAGUCUCACAGACACAGAGAGGAGCUCCACACCCUCAGCUGUCUGACUCAGAUCAAAGCUGAUGAGAGAGAGCAGAAGUCCAGGGACCGCCACAGGGCUGAGCAAAGAUACCAUCGCAUCAAGCAAGAGCUGAGAGGCAAGAGUCUGGUGAUCCAUGAACUCAAGAAGCAGAACCAGGAGGUCCAGUCCAGGCUUGGUGUGUUUGCCAAGCUGUACGACAACAUCAAGGGUGAUAGGAACAAGUGUAUGAACCUGAUCCAGAUGGCCUCCCAGAGAACGGCUGAGAUGAGAGAGAAGUUCAAGAUCCUGGACAACGAGAUUGAGAUCCUCAGAACCAACGCCAUCAACAAAGAGAAGCUGCUCCAGAAGUCCCGUCUGAAGCACUUCCACAGCCACACCAUCAGAGACAGCCUGAGGAACGAUAUCUCCAAG